UAAAUGUUUAAAACAUAUCAGAAAUGUUAAAAAUGUUGACUAAAAUGUUCUGGUGGUUGCUGUUGAGAGGAUGGAUACCAGAUUAUAUUCUAAGGUGGAAAAUAAGAUCCGGACUCAAGAAACUGAUGUUAUCUAUAGAGGAAGAAGGCAAAGAUUAUGAAAACAGGGGUGGUGUUGAGGCCAAGUUUGUUAAUGAGCUCAAAAGUUCUCCUAUAGCAGUCUGCCAACAAGAGGCUAACCAACAACAUUAUGAGGUUCCGCCAGAGUUUUUCAGAAUAGUUCUUGGACCUAAGUUGAAAUAUUCGUCCUGUUUCUACCCUACUCCAACCUCUUCCUUGGCAGAGGCAGAGAUUGCAAUGCUGGAUCUAUACAUUCAUAGGAGUGGGAUGAAGGACGGUAUGGAUCUCCUAGAUCUAGGAUGUGGAUGGGGGUCCGUUGCUCUGCAUUUUGCACAGAAAUUCAAGAAUUCAAGGAUUAUAGCUUUGUCAAACUCCAAGCUGCAGAAGGCUCAUAUUGAUCAAGUCGCAAGGGAGAAAGGAUUAACUAAUCUGAUUGUGUAUACUGGAGAUAUAACAUCAUAUCAAAACUCACAGUUUGCCCAAUCCUUUGACCGAAUAAUUUCAAUUGAAAUGUUUGAACACAUGAAGAAUUAUGAAAAGUUACUCGAGAAAAUAUCUGCUUGGCUUAAGUGUGACGGGAAACUUUUUGUGCAUAUUUUCACUCAUAAAUGGAAACCCUAUCAUUUUGAGAAAGAUUGGAUGGCUCGAACCUUCUUCACUGGAGGAACUAUGCCCUCCCACUCCCUUCUUCUCAACUUUCAAAAGGAUUUGUUGAUUGAAAAUCAGUGGGGAGUUUCUGGAACUCAUUAUUCAAGAACCUUGGAGGCCUGGUUGGAGUUGAUGGAUAGAAAUAUCGAAGUUGUAACUCCUAUUCUCAAGCAAACCUACGGUGAAAAGUGGCGCAGAUGGUGGCUCAAUUGGAGACUGUUCUUCAUUGUCUGCUCAGAAACAUUUGGGAUCGCCGAGGGGUCAGAGUGGGGUGUCUCUCACUACCUCUUCAGUAAACGAUAAUUGAUCGUCUUCAUAAAAUGGGUUGAUAUUGAUUUUCGACGAUUACUUGUAUAACGAUAAUCUCUCUUCUUACAUUUUCCGUAGCGGCCAUUAAUAAUUUAUAAAAAGUUGAUUAUUUAUAAAAAAAAUCACUAAAUUCCAAAAAACUGUUAUUCCUCUAUUUUGUUGCUACUAUAGUUGAAAAAUAAACAAAAAAUAGCAAAAUAAUGAACAACAGCGACUUGUUUUGUCUGCUCAGUUUCAAAUGUGAUUUUAACAAAUUUUUUAUUUUAAAAAUUGAAAUUUUAAAUAAACAUACUUUAUUUUUUUA